GUUAGUGCGCGAGGAGUCCGUGAGGGGGGAACAGGAGGUUACUGUGCCGCUGCCUUAGCUCGCCAUGGCCCACAAGCAGAUCUAUUAUUCCGAUAAGUACUUUGACGAGCAGUACGAGUACCGACAUGUGAUGCUACCACGAGAACUUUCAAAACAAGUGCCAAAAUCUCAUCUGAUGUCUGAAGAAGAGUGGAGACGACUUGGUGUUCAGCAGAGUCUUGGCUGGGUUCACUAUAUGAUCCAUGAGCCAGAACCACAUAUUCUGCUUUUCAGAAGACCUCUUCCAAAGGAUGAGCAGAAAUAAGCCAUGGCCUCUUGAAUCUUCUGGAACUGUAUAUGAGUGUAUAUAUGUUGGUGUAGUAUUCAGUGAAUACUUUAAAAUUUACAAAACAUACAUCCAAACCUGUGCAUGAGCUGUAUUAUUCACAGCAACAAAGCUCAGUCAAAUGCAAUUCCAAGCAGGCUGCUAUGAUGUUCAAAGAGUGAUGACUUUAUCUUUUACUGUUAAUGUAAGUGCCUCUCUGACUUAAAUCUGAUUAGUUCAUCACUUGUUAGCGUUCUGUAACUUUUGCACUCGUAUUUUCUGCUGUACUGUAGUAUGCUUAAAUUCAAGAGUUCAACAGUUUAGUAGUAAGAAGGCUUAAGAAAUAAAGUUUUUAAUGUUCUAUGAAA